UUUUACAUUUUUUUCCUCUCAGUAUUCAAAGCCGGGUUCUCAAAUCUCAAUGCCACUGGAAGAUAUGGUCCAACAUCGCUCGGAAGUUACUACGCAGGUCAGGAUCAUGACGGACAAGUUGCUCUGUCCAGCGGUAUUCAACAGUGGACUGUACCGUACACUGGUGAUUACAGAAUAGAAGCAAUUGGGGCAGCUGGAGGGUAUGAUAAAGGGAUGUACAGCCCUCGGUACCGCGGGAGAGGAGCAAGAAUGAUUGGAACAUUCCGCUUAAACAAGGGUGAAGUCAUCCAGGUACUUGUAGGUCAAGAAGGAGGAAUAAACAAGAAGUCUGAUUCUUCUGGCGGCGGUGGAGGUACAUUUGUAGUGAGAGGAGCCAACACACCUUUAAUAAUAGCUGGAGGCGGAGGAGGGGUACAAUAUGUAUUUUCAAGAUAUAAAAAAUGUGACGCCAGCACAAGCACGACAGGGAAUCCUGGAGUCAGACCAUGGUCAAGAGGGAGCAACGGACAAGGUAAAAGAAUUUUUUAAUAAUCUUUAGCAUUUCAGCACUUAGGUAGUAAUUUAAAAAUUUCGUGCGAAAUGUUUAUUCUGCUAUAAUCUCACGAUAUCCCCAUCAAAAGUUUUCUAAUUUAAUUAAUACCAUGAUAUUUCAGGUGGUGGCGGUGGCGGGUUUUACUCCAGUGGAAGAAGUGGAAAGAAUUUCAAUGGGACCGAGGGACAUGGUGGGGAGGGUGGUAAGGGAUUUCUGCAGGGAGGGGUGGGUGGGAGAUCAGAGUAUUUCAACAUCUAUGGUGGGUUUGGCGGGGGAGGUGGAGCUGGGGGAUGGGGCGGAGGAGGGGGAGGAGGAGGAGGAUACUCCGGGGGAGGCAGCGGAUAUUCUGUUUUGAAUGCCUGUGGGGGUGGUGGCGGAUCCUACAAUGUUGGAAACAAUCGACAGAAUGAAUGUUGUCACAACAAGGCUGGCCAUGGUCAGGUGACCAUCAUGUUACUGUAG